AUGACACGCGGCGCCGUGAUCUGCAUCUCCCACGGCGGAGGUCCGAUGCCGGUUCUCGGCGACCCGGGCCACAAAGACAUUGUCUCGUCGCUCACGAAGCGCGUGCCGAAGCUCCUGCGCCUCAACACGCCCCAAGCACCGCGCGCCAUCGUCGUCGUGACGGCGCACUGGUCGACGAGGAGGCCGACCAUCUCGUCGGCGACGCACCACGACCUCUACUACGACUACGGCGGCUUCCCCAGCGAGGCCUACGCGCUGAAGUACCCGGCGCCCGGGUCGCCCGACGUGGCGGAGGAGGUGCGGCAGGCGCUCGCGCAGCAGGGUCUCGACCCCGUGCUCGACGCCAAGCGCGGCUGGGACCACGGCGUCUUCAUCCCCUUCUUGCUCAUCAACCCGGCGGCCGACGUGCCGAUUGUGCAGCUUUCCGUGCUGGCGUCCGAGUCGGAGGAAGAGCACCGCCGUAUGGGCCUCGCGCUGGCGAGUCUGCGCGACUCCAACGUGGCCAUUGUCGGGUCGGGCUUUGCGUCGUUCCACAACAUGCGCAAGUUUGGCGAGCUCCGGGCCGGCGCCGGCGGAUCGAGGCUCCGAAGCCAGGUCAAGGAGUGGAACGGCGUUCUGUCGGCGGCGAUCGAGACGGAGAAGAGCGAGGAGAGGGGGAAGAAGCUCGCCGGCUGGAGGGGGUUCCCGCACAGCUUUGACAUGCACCCGAACGGCGGCGGCGAGCACUUUAUGCCCCUGCUCGUGUGCUCGGGGGCAGCCGGCGACGAGGCCGCAGCCAAGUACAAGGAUGACUUUUUGGGAGCCGAUAUCUGGACCUACUAUUGGGGGGAACUGCGCUGUGACGAGACACAUCCUAUAUGCUUCAACUGCGUCAACACCAGGCGGUCAUGUUCGUUCCAGGCCCUGACCCCAAGUACGAUGGGCGGGUCCAGCCCGGGCCCCUCCUUCACCUCGGCCGGCCCGUCCCCGGGCGCCACAAACCUCUUGCUUGAUGUCCCGAACGUACACUCUGUGCCGCCCGCCCACAUGGACCAGUUGCAUCUGAUGCAUCAUUUUCUUUCUGGCGCUAUUCCUGUUCAUGACAAGAUGCCCACACACCAGCAUCUCGUCGAGCAGGCUCUUGGCCUUCCUUACCUCAUGAACGAGAUCCUCGCUUAUUCAGCGCGACACCUCGCCUCAACAUGCCCAGACAAGGCCCCUCAGUAUAUCUUCCUUGCGCGUGAGUACCAGGCCCACGCCUUGACUUUCUUCAACACGACCCAAGCCGAGACGACCGCCGACAAUGCCAUGCAAAUGCUUGUCUUCAGCUGGAUGGUCGGCAUGAAUCUCCUCUGCGACGCCGCCUGCGCCGAUGAUGACGCCACUGUGCUCGAUGAUUUCAUUCGAUACAUAGAGCUCUACCGCGGUGUCCGCGUCAUCGCGUCAGCGGCGUGGGACGUACUCAUAAAAUCGAAUCACGCCUCCGUUUUUGAGGACGGGCAGCUCAUCUCCAUGAAGCUCGGCACAGGCGCCGAGACCGAGGCUCUGCAGGUCUUGAUCACGAACAGUCUCGGCAUGGACGAUGAGCAGAAGCAGGGCAACCAGGAGGCCCUUGCGAGGAUUCAGGCCACCUAUGACUCUCACUCGUCUCUCGACGCAGACUCAAAGGACUCGUCACCGCGUGUCUCGCCCCGUGGUCAUCUCGGCGACGCGGUCGGCAUGGCUCUCGCUUGGCCGCAGGUGGUGACCCCGGGAUUCCUCACCUCGCUGCGGGCGAAACGACCCGAAUCGCUACUCGUGCUGGCCCACUUUGCCGUCAUCAUGCACUGGUGCCGGGGGCACUGGAUCGUAGGGCGUGUCGGCAGUCGGCUCCUACGUAGCAUUGUGGCGGCCCUGGGGCCGGGAUGGGAGAGGUGGCUGCAGUACCCUCGGGACCUCGUCGAAUCAACUGCGCCCGAGCCGUUCAGGGGUGUCAAAGUCGAUCCCGUUGACGGCCAGAUGAGGCUGGACUCGGCGCCGAACUCUCAGCCCUACCGGCCCUCGGCCUCGGAUGCUAUACUUGCGCCGGCGCCGAAGAGGCGCAUCCAGCCCACCUUGUAG